AUGCCUCCCAAAGCUCUCGCAGGUUCAAUGGCAAGAGCCGCAGCGCCGGGCAGCAAAUGCAAGAAACGCCGAGUCAAGUGCGACUGCAUCGGUCCCGUCUGCGCCAACUGCCGCCGACGCCAGGAACAAUGCAGCUAUCUUGGCCUGCUGGCGACGAACAUGAGCGACCUGACGACGGGCCUGUCGAUCUCGACCCGGAAUGACGACGCCAUGGCUGUCGUGCGACACGCCGCCGCCGCCGCCGUCGAGCACGCUUCUUCACGAGAUGCCCUGAUCAACACUAUGCCGGCCGAACGAUGGAGGGCCGACGAGGCAGAGCUGAAGCAUCACUUCUUUACCCAUGCGUGGCACACCUUCUCGCUCUUGUCAGACCCUACAAAAUGCGAUGUUUGGUCUAGGUGGAUCCCGCAGCUCGCCACGCGACACAUAUUCAUCCAACAAAUCAUGCUGUCGUUGUCAGCGUUACACAUUUGCUACCUCCAGCCUCCAGAUCCCAAACGAUACUACGCCCUCACCUAUCAAUACUCCAUACAAGCUAGCAACUGUUUUCGGCUCGCCAUUCGAGAAAUGAACGAGGAGAACUGGGUGCUUCUGGUCAUGUUCUCCAUGUGUAACGGUAUCUUCGACUACUACCGACCCUUCCUCGACGAGAACGUCAUGUCCAUACCCUACCAGCCCAACCCAGCCGACACGUUGUCGCUCAUGCGCGUUGGCGGACAGUUCGGCGUGUCCAUCGCCGAAUAUAUGAAGAACAGCCCCUUGCGCGACAAGAUUCAGCAGGCCGACGCCGACGCCUGGGCCCAAGACCCAGACGACCUCGCGCCCGCGACGCUUGACAAAAUCACAAAGCUCGAGACCUGGCUGCGACCUGGCCCGAGCGACAGCGACCGCGAGGUCCUUGAAGCCGCCGCUGCUACGAAGGCCCUCGCCGCGCUGUCGUCCUGGGUCAAGACGCUGCCUGGUGGCAAGCCGCGCAUGUUCUGCCACAUGGUCGCCUGGCCCGUCAUGCUGCAGGAGGAGUACAUUGCGCUGUUGCGCGCUAAGAGCCCUGCCGCCCUCAUGGUCUUCAUUCUUUGGAGUGAGGUCGCUACCUACGCGCCACGCCGGUGGUACUACGCCGCCUGGUUCCAGCGCGGCCUCAGUAUCGGGCGGCGCGAGCUCGAGGCCCAGCAGCCCCUGACACAGCUGCACAGGCUGUGGAAUUCUGUCAUGGCCGCCGACGGCGACGAGUCCUUGGGCACCACCAGCGAGCACGGAAGCGCGUCCACUGUUGCGAGCACGGCAUAUCCGCCAACGCCCGUCUUCACUGGCGACGGCGACGGCGAGACAGAACCGAACUGGGGGCCUCUCAAAGAGCAGAUGGGCGACAAGCAGGCAUUGCCGCCCGGUUUUGGGGAGUUUAUCGACGCGGAGCUGGAGGUCAUGGGAUGA